GCAGCCUGCCGGCUCAAUCCCGGCCCGGCGGCCCCGCAUGGCUGCAGGUGCACAAUGAAGUACCCUCUGGUGCCGCUGGUGAAUGACCUCACACUCUCUUUCCUGGUGUUCUGGCUCUGCCUGCCCGUGAGUUUGCUGCUGCUCUUGAUGAUCAUCUGGUUACGCUUCUUACUUAGUCAAGAUUCGAAGGAAGAUGAUUCAGACUUGUGUUUCAACUGGGAGCUCUGGAACAAAGAACCAGCUGAGUCUGGCUGUGAUGGGACAAUCCAUGGUCAGGAGGACAGGCUCCACUGGUGAGCCUGCUCUACCAGGUGUUGUCUGGGCCCUAGUGGAUGGAGGGAAGAGAACCCUGGUGAGCAAGGGAAACUUCCUGGGACCUCUGAUAGUCAGACCUGCCAAGCCUCUUGCAGAACCAUCCAUUCUCCAUCAACACAGAUGACCUGGAGCCAUUCACAGGAAAGUCAGGUCCAAGAAGUUCAUAGGGGACAGCUGGCCAGCCCAACCCACAGGAGGUGCUGGGUACCUAUUAAAGCAAUGGGAGUUCUGCU